UAUCCAAUGAGCCGCCAUAUUAGAAGCCAACCCCUCUUUCAUUCGGGUGAGAAAAGACACUUGGAGGCUAGUUUUCUGAAGUGCUGGUUGUUUAUGUCGUUGAGCGUUUAACUAUAAAUCGUUAAACCUGCACAACUCGUGUCUUGUUUUGGUUUGGUUAGUGUCUUUCAUACGGGUAAUUUAGUCUUCUACAAUGGCUACCGCGGCUGCAACUCCGACCGGGCAGAGAAGCACGUGCGGCGGCGGCACUCCGCUGAGCCCGACCAGGAUCAGCAGACUGCAGGAGAAGCAACAGCUCAGGGACCUCAACGACCGCCUGGCCGUUUACAUUGACAAAGUCCGUAGUUUGGAGUCUGAAAACAGCGUACUCCACCUUCAAAUUAACGAGAGGGAAGACGUAAGGAGCCGGGAGGUCAGCGGACUGAAAGCCCUGUACGAGACCGAGCUAGCCGACGCCAGAAAAUGUCUGGAUGAGUCGUCCAAGGAGCGGGCCUGGCUGCAGAUUGAGCUGGGGAAGAUCACCUCCGAGCAUGAACAGCUUCUACAGAACUACAACAAGAAGGACUCUGAGGCAGCCAGCGCCCAGGCCAGGCUGAAGGACUUAGAGGCUCAGCUGAACUCUAAAGAGGCCCUGCUGGCUACAGCGCUGUCUGAGAAUGGAGGCUUGGGGGCCACACUGGCCGACCUGCGAGAACAGCUGCAGGAGAUGGAUACAGGUCUCGCUCAGGCCAAGAAGCAACUUGGAGACGAGAUGCUGCUGCGCGUCGACUUGGAAAACCGUUGCCAGAGUAUGACAGAGGAAAUGAUCUUCCGCAAGAGCAUGCAAGAGGAGGAAGUAAAGGAGGCGCGGCAGCGGUACGAGGCGCGGCUGGUGGAGGUGGACUCUGGACGGAAGGAGGAGUACGAGUAUAAACUGACCCAGGCCCUGACUGACAUGAGAGCUCAGAACGAAGAGCAGAUCAAGAUGUACAAGGACAACAUGGAGAGCACCUACGUGGCCAAACUGGACGACCUGCGUCGGCUGUCUGAGAUGAACGGAGCAUCGGCCAACAUGAGCCGAGAGGAGCUCAGAGAGUCCAGCCUGAGGAUCGAGAGCCUCACCGCCCAGAUGGCAGCCAUGCAGAAGGAGACUCGUGGUUGGCGCGACCGUAUCGUGGAGCUGGAGGACACCUUGGCUCAGGAGAAAGACAGGAGCCGCAAGCUGCUGGCAGACAAAGACCGCGAGGUCCGCGAGGUCCAGGCCAGGAUGCAGCAACAGCUAAACGACUACGAACAGCUGCUGGACGUCAAACUGGCACUGGACAUGGAGAUCAACGCCUACCGUAAACUCCUGGAGGGAGAGGAAGAGAGACUGAAGCUGUCUCCCAGUCCUUCGGCCCGUGUCACCAUGUCUCGAGCCUCCUCCAGCAGCCGCAGCGUGCGCACCACUCAGGGAAAGAGGAAGCGCGUGGAUGUGGAGGAACAGGAAGCCAGCAGCUCGGUGUCGAUCGCUCACUCUGCCUCGGCCACAGGAUCGAUCUGCAUCGACGAGAUCGACAUGGACGGCAAGUUCAUCUGCCUCCACAACACUGGAGAGGAGGACCAGGCAAUGGUCGGUUAUGAGAUGAUUAAGACAAUCGGAAAUGCUACAGCUACCUACAAGUUCACACCCAAAUAUGUCCUAAAGGCUGGCCAGAAAGUCACGGUUUGGGCGUCUGAUGCUGGUGUGAGCUCCAAACCUCCCACAGACCUGCUGUGGAAGAACCAGUCGUCCUGGGGAUCAGGGCUGGACGUGCAUGUGGUGCUGACCAACCCUCAGGGAGAGGAGGUGGCAAAGAGAACCACAACAUACAACACGGCACUGGAAGAGCAGGAUGAGGAAGAUAAUGGAGUGGAGGCCAGUGAGGAAGCCCUCUUCCACCUGCAGGAGGACCCUCGCACGGCCAAGAGAGGCUGCUCCAUCAUGUGAUCCCUCUGCACCAACCAGCCGCUCCGCUGCCUCUAAUACUACAACUAUUUUUCUAUCUUUUGUAGUGUAUUUCCAUACGAAGAAUGUUUUACUUUCUCAUAAAAAUGCAAAGCUGGGUAGAUUUUAUUUUCAUCUGAAAAAGCCAACAACAUGGUGCUGAAACAAUGUAUUUUGUAGAUCAGAAACCUUUUUAUUUUAUAAAAACAUGCAACAAGUAGCUAAACUCCAGACCGACUGUGUCUUUUAAAAAUUGAGUAAUGUGCUAUGUCAUUUUAAAAUUAUAAUUUUGUUAUUUUCUUUUAUAUUUUAUCUUGUAAUUUUAUUGAUGCUAUAUUUUAAGCUACAAGAGAAGACGCAGGAUUAGGUCAGGGGCUGAUUUAGAUCAGUUUUGCUCAAAAUCUACUGUAUUUUAAAAAAAAAUAAGAAAAAAAAAAGACUGAAGAAAUACGCACUGAAAGGACAAGUACACUAAAUAAAAGCUUGACAGUAAGAGGAGUUGUGAAGGAGCCUGGACCUGGACAAGAUGUCAGAAUUACACAAUAUGGAACCUCUGUUUAAUAGCAUUCUUUAGAAAAAAAGAACUACUGUGAUUGAUUGUAUUCAUGAAGAAAUCCGAGGGCAUUUGAAGUUUGUUAGCAGUUGUUGACUUCCCUUAAAGCCCCUGUGUGUAAGAUUUGAAACUGUGGCGUUAGCGACUCCUCGUGGUAGAAUGAAAAAGAAAAAAAAAAAAGAUGUGACCUGGGGACAAAAGAUGGACUGACAGCAGUAGCCGGCUCCAGUCUUCACAGGGGGGGGGGGGGGGGCUGUAAUAUCAAAUCUGAACGUUUCUCUCCGCUGACUUUGAAUAAGCGUUGCACCACUAAUUGAGAAGUGUUGAUUGUAUCUUAACUUUUGAUAUUUGAAGUGUUUGAAGUACUUUUUGUGUUAGUCUGUUAAUAUGCAUGCUGUGGCUGAAUCCUAGUUAAAUGAUUAAAUGUGUUUUCUUGUA